AUGGUGCCCGAUUGGGCAUGGUCCCAUGUUACCAAGCUCACUCCUUAUGCUUCCGGCAAAGGAGCUGGGCGUUGGAAAUGUAAUUAUUGUGGUAAAAUGUAUGGUGGUCCGCCGAAACGCAUCAAGGCGCAUCUUGCUAAAGUUUCUGGGCAUGAUAUUGAAGCAUGUAGUGCUUCAAACAUUCCUCUUCAUGUUCAGAACGAAGCUUGCCAAAUGUUUGUGGAGCAAAUCGCAAAUGCCCCUUUGUCUUUACCUUCUGUAGCAAAUCUACAGAGUAGGCAUUUUGAUGGGGCAUCUUCUUCUGGAGCUGGUACACAAAGUGUUAGUCAAUCUCAACCUAUGAGUGCUUCUAUAGUGAGCUUACAUAUAGGCCAUGAGGGAUCAUUUGUUGGUCGAAAGCAAAUGCAAGAUGGCAAUAUUGAGGAAAUGCUUGAUGAUGCAAGAAACAUGAACUUAGAUGAUGCAAUAUCAAAGUUCAUUUUCUUGAAUGCUAUACCAUUUAAUGUUGUGAAAAGCCCAUAUUUUCAUGCAAUGAUCGCAGCCGCUUGUAGUGCUGGACCUAGUGCUGCAUCGAGGAUUCUUGGUUACAAGAAGCUUCGUACUAUUCAGCUCACUCGUCACUAUACUUUAAUCAAGGAGAAGGUGUUGACACCAAAGGAGAAGAGAAGACUGGUCUUUGGCUUUGGGAGCAACUUAGACCCAUCAUUUUGGAUGUUGGUGUUGAAAAUGUUGUUCAAGUCAUCACUAAUAAUGCUUCGAAUUGUGUAUCGAUGGGGGACAUACGAGAGAAGAUUCCCCUUUAUCUUACACAAUCGAUGCAUGUGCCAUGUUUUGGACUUGUUAUUGGAGGAUAUUGGGAAGUUUGAUUGGGUGUCUAAGAUCGUAAAUGACUGUGAGAAGAUCGUGAAGUUCAUAACUGAGAAGCCGAUGUUACUUGCUUUAUUUCGAAAGUUCUGCUCUAGAGAACUCAUGAAGCCUGCAAAGACUCGAUUCGCUUACAUCUUUCUUAUGGUCAGCCAGCUCCAGCAUGAAGAUGUUUUCCCGUGCCUUCGACGAUUCAUAGUGAGUGCAGAAUUUGAAUCGUCGAAGUGGUAUAACACAAAGGAUGCCAAAGAUGUUCGUACAACAAUUUUCAAUGAUGAAUUUUGGAAGAAUGCUUCUACUUUAUUGGUUAUGGUAGCUCCUAUUUUGAAGGUGUUAAGUCUUGCCGAUCGUGAGGGCGCAACAACAGGAUUAAUUUAUGAAGCAAUGUAUCGUAUGAUUAAAGGAUUGGAGCUUGCAGCUCAAGAUGGCAAGCUUGAUGUAGAUAAAAUUGAUGCAAUUAAGUGUGUCUUGGUUGAAGACCAAUAUAGACGGAGAGCUCGAUGGUUUAUGAUGCAUAGCUCUAUGCACAGCGCUGUACAUGCUUUGAAUCCUUCAUACCUUGAGCAAAACUUGGAUGCUGAGGUAAGAAGUGAUUGGAUGGAUUAUUUAUCACUCUAUUGCUGUGGGGACACUCAACUAGAAGAGAAGUUAGAUGAGUAA